AUGGGCCCGUAUCUGGGUAAGUACGCGUUCAAGAUGCUGCUGCGCCAGCACGAAUUAGCAACCGGUCCCAACGCCAGUUAUGAAACGAGCAACGCAGACAACGGGGUAACGAUCUUGACAAACACCAAAAUUGGUGAGAGUCAUGAAGUUAACGCACGAUUGCAUUUUUUUCGCAGACUUGCCUCCUACCUUGCCGUCACGUGA